AUGCCGAUUGCCAACGGUGACGCUCUGGGAAGAGCCAUGAGCGCCGAGUUCCAGGACUACACCAAGGCUCUGGAGGUCCUGGAAAAGGACUACGCUCAGGAUGGUCUGGACGUCGAUACCCUGCUUGACUCUGACAAGCACGGUGCUCUGACCUACAAUGACUUCCUCGUUCUACCGGGAUAUAUCGGCUUCCCUGCCCACGACGUCACACUGGACACACCGGUCACCAAGCGUGUGACGCUGAAGGCCCCUCUCCUGUCCUCCCCCAUGGACACUGUCACGGAACACAACAUGGCCAUCCACAUGGCUCUCCUGGGUGGUCUCGGUGUCAUCCACCACAACUGCUCUCCGGAAGACCAGGCCGAGAUGGUGAGGAAGGUCAAGCGGUACGAGAACGGUUUCAUUCUGGACCCGGUUGUGCUCUCUCCCAAGGCUACUGUCGGAGAGGCCAAGGAGCUCAAGGCCAAGUGGGGAUUUGGCGGUUUCCCAGUUACUGAAAAUGGAACUCUCCGCUCGAAGCUGGUUGGUAUCGUCACCACCCGUGACAUCCAAUUCCACCCUAACCUCGAUGACUCCGUCACUGCCAUCAUGUCCACCGACCUCGUCACAGCCCCUGCUGGCACCACACUCGCCGAAGCCAACGACGUGCUACGCAGCUCAAAGAAGGGCAAGCUGCCAAUCGUCGAUGAGAAUGGCAACCUCGUCUCGCUUCUCUCCCGCAGCGACUUGAUGAAGAACCUGCACUACCCUCUGGCCUCCAAGCUCCCCGCCUCCAAGCAGCUGAUCUGUGCCGCCGCCAUCGGCACCCGUGAGGAGGACAAGUACAGACUGAAGCUCCUCGUCGAGGCCGGUCUCGACAUUGUCAUCCUCGACAGCAGCCAAGGCAACAGCAUGUACCAGAUCGAAAUGAUCAAGUUCGUCAAGAAGACCUACCCUGAGAUCGACGUCAUUGGCGGAAACGUCGUGACGCGCGACCAGGCCGCGGCCCUGAUUGCUGCCGGUGUCGAUGGCCUGAGAAUUGGCAUGGGUAGCGGCAGCGCCUGUAUCACACAGGAAGUCAUGGCCGUCGGCCGCCCCCAGGCCCUCUCCGUCCGCCGCGUUUCCCACUUCGCCGCCCGCUUCGGCGUCCCUUGUAUCGCCGACGGCGGUAUUCAGAACAUCGGCCACAUCGUCAAGGGUCUCGCGAUGGGUGCCUCAACCGUCAUGAUGGGUGGUCUCCUCGCCGGUACCACCGAGUCUCCCGGUGAGUACUUUGUCAGCAGCGAGGGCCAGCUCGUCAAGGCCUACCGUGGUAUGGGCAGUAUCGCCGCCAUGGAGGACCGCAAGGCCGCUGGCGGCAAGACGGACAACAAGGCCAGCAAUGCCGGUACCGCCCGCUACUUCUCCGAGAAGAGCAGCGUCCUUGUUGCCCAGGGUGUCUCUGGUUCCGUCCUGGACCGCGGCUCCGUCACCAAGUUCAUUCCCUACCUCGUCACUGGUAUCCAGCACUCUCUCCAGGACAUCGGUGUGCCCAGUCUACAGGCUCUCCACGACGGUGUGAACAAGGGUACCGUCCGAUUUGAGGUGCGCAGCGCUAGCGCCAUGGCCGAGGGUAACGUCCACGGCCUGCACAGCUACGACAAGAAGCUUUACUCCUAG